AUGCCCUUCUUCACCCGUGUCUUCCGGGGCAAAGACGCCACCGCUUCCAAGAAACCUUCCAAACCUUCCCCUCUCGACGAUGCCGGCCCUCCGAAACCCUCCUGGACCGAUGCCUGGCAGCGGACGGAGGUCGCUCCGGAAGAAGUACAGGAUCUAUUACGCGCCUGUACCAAGGAAUUGAAAGCCAGAGCCCUCCAGAUCCCCUUCCUCCUCCUCCCCUUCCGUCCCAGCUCCGAUGCCAGCGCCGCUCGCUCCUUCAUUCGCAAUUACUUUGACCAAUCCUUCAAGAAUGGCGCUCCCGUCACCGGCGAGACCUUGUCCCGAGAAUUACGCCUGUCCGAUCCGACGGUCCUGUGCAGCGUCCUGAAAUGGUGCUGGAGCCGACUCCCCGGCGGAGUCGUCACCUGGGAGGCCUACGAGCUGUUCAAGGUCGGCGAACAAGACUCUAACCUCGCCCGCGACGCCUUCACCACCUUCAUCCCCAUCAGCGUCGACUCCGACGCCCGCGCCAAGAUCAUCUUUGACUUCUUCGACCUUCUGGCCGCCAUCGCCGCCCAUGCCAAAUCCAACGGUCUUGGUGGCCGCAAGCUCUCCCGAUAUGCCGGCUGGUGGGCCUUUGAGCAUGUCGAUGCCGCCAAGGGUUUCGAGGAAUCCUACAAGAGUUGGGCCAGCGCCGCCGAUGCCACCAGUCACCUCUUCUUCGCCUACCUCCGCUCCCUCUCCCCCGAUUCCGCCCGCGGCGUCAACAGCAUCGCCACCCUCCCCAUCACUUUGCAGUCCCUCGUCCAGGCCACCGAGUAUCCCCCGGAGACCCCCACCCUCCUCCAGGUCACCACCACCAAGGUCGUCAUGAUCGUCGACACCGUCUCCCCCACCCCCGUCGCCCUCUUGCGCCGCGCCACCAACUUCGAAUACCGCGACAGUGACCACCACCUGCAGGAGUUCGCCGCCUACGACGACCCCCUCCGCGCCCUGACCGACGAGUGCCUCCGCGUCCUGCGCUCCAUCGCCGCCGCCAACCCCUCCACCGUCCCCGAGGACACCCCGGCUGCCCGCGACGCCACCUGGUCGCGCUUCGAGGACAUUGGCUUCGGCGGCAGUCUCGACUCCGACCUCGACACCAGCUCCCCCCGCCCGUCGAGCCGCGGCGGCAGUGGCCGCUCCUCCUCCGCCGCCGCCGCCACCACCCCCAUGGCCACCGUCCCCCGCGGUCGGCCCACCACCCCGUCCUGGGCCGAUUUCAUGUCCUCCGGCUUCGCUGACGGCAGUGGCAUGAAGGGCCCCAUGGCCCCCAUGCUACUGUCCCCGGACAAGAUCCUGCCGCCGCUCGAGGCCGUCCGCGGUCAGAGCUCGCAGUCGCACCGGCGCCCCCUCGACUCCGAUUCCACCAUCGAGCCCGCCGAGCUGGCCAGCAUCACCACCCUCGAUCUCGACGACUCCUUCUGGUGGGUCUGGAUCAGCAGUCUGGCCGGCGAGGAGCCCGCCGUUCGCAAGGCCGUCUUCGGCCGCUGCGCCUUGCUCGAGACCGUCCUCCACGGCGCCAAGUGGCUCGUCCUCGAGGAGCAGGUGCCCGGUGCCGCCCCCGAGCCGGAUCCCGGUGCCUACCUCGUCGAAAAGAAGCGCUUCCUGGGCUUCUCCACCCGCAAGCGCCUGGGCCGCCGCAAGUCCUCCGCCAAGCGCACCGGAACCGGCGCCGAGCCCUACGACCCCCGCACCGGCAACCCCGCCCCGCAGAGCAAGACCAGCAUCGCCCCCGACCAGCACGCGCGCAUCCAGGCCGCCGCCGCCGCCCUCCAGCGAAAGCACCGCGAGCAGGAGGCCGAGGCGGCCGGUCCCGCCCCCGAGGAGCCGCCCCUCUCGUCCAAGGUCAAGACUCACUCCGUCUUGACCCUGCAGCCCUCCAUCAUCGGUGAGGCCUCCCAGGCCAUGAAGUGGGCCAGCAACUACGACAAACACACCUACCGCACCGCCUACAUGAGCGAUGCCCGUGCGGGCACCGGGGCCCCGACGGACGACGACGCUCCCGCCCGACGUCCGCCAUCGCCAUCGCCCCCGGCCCGCAGCACCACCACCACCACCCAGGGGCCCCCGCCGCCGCCGGCGGCCUCAUCCCCGUCCCCGGUUCCGCCACCCAAGGACGUGACCCCGGCGGGCAGUCGCAAAGGCAGCACCACCCACCCGCCGCUGGAGUCGGCCAUCUCGUCGGAACCGACCCCGAAGCCGUCCACCGAUUCCACCGAUUCCCGCCCCCGCCUCAAGAAGAAGCCCGGCAACUCGGCGUUCAAGAGCAUGUUUGGUACCACCAAGAAAAAGAACCCCGAGGCGGCGGCGGCAACGGCGGCGACGCCACCCGUGAAACCCACCGGCGGAUCGGCCGUGGCGGCCGCCCGUGCGGCCCUCGAAGACAAGGCCCGCGCGUCCCAGGCGCCGCCGCCGGUCCGUACCGCCUCGCACGCACCGUCGACCCUCCGCAAGCAGCGACCCGCGCCUGUGGCCGCCCCCGCCGCCGCGGCGGAAGCCCCGCCCCGCCCGGAGUCGCCUGUCUCUCCCAUCUCGCCCGUUGCGCCGCCGGCCCCGGCCCCAGCCCCGGCCCCGGCCCACCCCGCGUCGAAUGGCGGCGACCACCCCCGACGGGACGCCGAGUACGACGCCCUGUCCCGGGUCGACACGAACGAGAAGGCUGCGGCGGAUCGGGAAUUCUCCCGAUUUGAUCAAGGGCCCCUGAUGGACCAGCCCGCGUUCGCCCCCGAGUCCCCGGAAUCCGAAGCCGUCGCGGGGCAGCCCCGGCCGUCCGCUGAGGCUUCCGGCGCGACGCCCCGAGCGUCGGAAUCGUCGGCCACCCCGGCCAACCCCUCGUACGACCGCUGGGCGCAGAUCCGCCGGAAUGCGGCCGAACGUGCCGCGCAGUCGGAUCCGGCCCAGAUGAGUGGCACCGACGACGGAAACACCAGCGAGGAAGAGAGUUUCGAAACCCGCGCCGCGCGGAUCAAAGCCCGAGUAGCCGAGCUGACGGGCAACAUGCAGCAGCAAUCAUAA